GUGGUGCGCGGGGAGCAGUUCUCGCCUUCUCGGCAUUGCCCACCGCCGCUCGUUUCAUGGUCCUCUCCUCAUCCGCAAGCGAUCGAAUCAUUUUGCAACGUGGAGCCGCACGUUCUGCAUCUUAGCACUCUUUACACAAACGCAUUCUUUAGCUAGAUCUAGCAUUCCUUGCUACCACGUGCUGUGUUCCAGAUUGAGCCAAUGGCGGCCAUGGCUGUUGGCGCGGAGGACGCCGAGAAGCUCCAGCUCCUCGAGGGCUUGACCAAGGACGUGGACUCCGUGCAGGAGCGCGUGCUGGCCGAGAUCCUCGCCCGGAACGCCGGCACGGAGUACCUCAGGAGCCGCGGCGGCCCCACGGACCGCGCCACCUUCCGGGCCAAGGUGCCCGUGGUGUCGUACGACGAUCUGAAGCCAUAUAUCCAGCGCAUUGCCAACGGGGACACAUCGCCCGUCCUGUCGGCGAGCCCCGUCACCGACUUCUUCACCAGCUCCGGCACCUCCGCCGGCGAGCCCAAGCUGAUCCCCAACAUCGAGGAUGAGGGCCGGCGACGCCAGCUUAUCGUCGGCCUCCUCACGGCCGUCAUCAACUCGCACUUCCCUGGGGCUGACAAGGGGAAGGGGCUCUACUUCAUGUUCGUCAAGCCGGAGACGAGGACGCCCGGUGGGCUGACGGCGUGGCCGGCCCUGACCAGCGUUUACAAGAGCGAGAUUUUCAGGCCCGCCUUAGAGCACCACUACACGAGCCCGAGGGCGGCCGUGCUCUGCGCGGACGCGUUCCAAAGUAUGUACGCGCAGAUGGUGUGCGGCCUGUGCCGGCGCCACGAAGUGCUCCGCAUCGGCGCCGUGUUCGCCGCCAGCCUCCUGCGCGCCAUCCGCUUCCUCCAGCUCAACUGGGAGCAGCUCGCCGACGACAUCGAGGCCGGCGCGCUCAUUCCGCGCGUUAUCAUCGACUCGUCGGUGCGCGAGGCAGUUGCGGGCAUCCUCCGCCGGCCGGACCCCGAGCUCGCCCGCCUCGUUCGGCAAGAGUGCUGCAAGGGUGACUGGGCUGGUAUCGUCACGCGCAUCUGGCCGAACACGCGGUACCUCGACGUCGUCGUCACCGGCGCCAUGGCGCAGUACGUCCCGGCCCUAGAACACUACGGCGGCGGCCUGCCGAUGGUGUCCACCUUGUACGCGUCCUCCGAGUGCUUCAUGGGCAUCAACCUUCGCCCGCUGUGCGACCCGUCCGAGGUGUCCUACACCCUCAUGCCCAACCUGGCCUACUUCGAGUUCCUCCCCGUGGACAAGGAGGCCACCGGCGAGGCGGACGCGAGGCAGCUCGUGGACCUCGGACGCGUGGAGGCCGGGCGGGUGUACGAGGUGGUGGUCACCACGUACACCGGGCUGAACCGGUACCGCGUGGGCGACGUGCUCCGCGUGUCGGGCUUCCACAACGCCGCGCCGCAGUUCCAGUUCGUACGCCGCCAAAACGUGCUGCUCUCCGUCGAGACGGACAAGACCGACGAGGCCGAGCUGCAGCGCGCCGUGGAGCGGGCCGCGGAGCUGCUCCGCCUGCACGGGGCGUCCGUGGCGGAGUACACCAGCCGCGCGUGCACCGAGCGCAUCCCGGGCCACUACGUCGUCUACUGGGAGCUGCUGACCGCGGGAGGUGCGGCGGAGGUUGACAGGGAGACCCUCGACGGGUGCUGCCUGGAGAUGGAGGAGGCCCUGAACGCGGUGUACCGGCGGAGCCGGGCGGUGGACGGGUCGAUCGGGCCGCUCGAGAUCCGGGUCGUACGGCCAGGCACCUUCGAGGAGCUCAUGGACGACGCCGUCUCCAACGGCGCGUCCAUCAACCAGUACAAGGCGCCCCGCUGCGUCACCCUCCCGGCCAUCAUCGAGCUGCUCGACUCGCGCGUCGUGUCCAUCCACUUCAGCCCUACGCCGCCGCACUGGACUCCGGCCCGGCGCUACGACUAGAGGCCAGGGAGACAGCUCUUGGGGCCAUCCUCCCCUUUAUAUCUUUCGGUCUCCCGCAAAAAAAAAUAUAUAUAUCUUUCGGUCGCCCGUCGCUGUAUGCAUCCCUGUGCCAAUAAAGCUCUCCAGUUGCACAA